GUUAUAAGUUACUAUGUCAAUUUAAGCACAGCUGUUUUUCCUCAGAGGGAUGUAUGUAUGCCGUACGCUGAGCUACAAAGGGGCAGAGUUUGAAACUGUUGAAGUACCAUUAGAUGCCAAAAUGAUGGAUAUGUAUAAUAAAGCAGCAGAAUUUUGGGCUGAGUUGAGAGUGGAAUUGCUAUCAGCAAGUGAAUUUCUCAUUGACAAGAAACCCAAUCCUCUUUGGAGAUUAUACUGGGCAAGCCAUCAGCGUUUCUUUAAACACAUGUGUAUGUCAGCUAAGGUGUCUGCAAUUGUAAGACUUGCUAAACAAGCAUUGAUGGAGAACAAGUGUGUGGUUAUUGGCAUACAGAGUACUGGAGAGGCACGAACUGAGGAAGCUGUGGCAAAAUAUGGUCUUGACCUUGAUGGCUUUAUUUCGGGACCUCGGGAGCUAUUGUUAAAAUUUGUUGAAGAAUAUUUUCCUUUGCCUGUAAAGCCUCAACCACCCCUAGAGGAAAGUGAAAGUAUAAAGAAGCUUCAUCGAAAAAGACACUCAGAAACACCUGAUGUUUCAGUUAAUGAGAGAGUUAGGAAAGUUGCAAAAUGCAAAGUAUCGAGUGAUGUUGAAAGUGACGAAGAAUCUGAAUGUAAGUUUCUUGAAACCUGGAUGUGGACGGGUCUUUUAAAAUAG